AUGCGCGGCGAUUGCGAAGCGGUGCGGCGCAUCUUUUGGUACUGCCACUACGCACAAGCUCUGUGGGGCAAUGAGUGGUACCGGAAAACGGAGAUGGGCUACGUAUCAACGAACGAAGCGCUUUCCGGCUGCUUGUGCUAG